UAUUCUCGUUUUCUUUCUUUUCUCUGCAUUACAGAUGGACCUACGUAACACAGAUCAGGAACUGACUCGUACCUUAUUCACUUUGCAAUCCAAGAUCCGCGAUCUCAAGAAUAAAAUUAACCAAGACGAAGUCGACGACGAUGACGACGAUUCGGAGAAAACCGAUUACCCGUCCAGCUGGUCUUCCAAUGGGCAUCGAAAUGACAGUUUCUCUACGCCGAGCUCGCAAAAGACGAAAAGUAUUAAUUUGAUUAAAGAGGAAAAUGAAGAGGAGCCGGUCAUGGAGGUCAAACAGGUGAAACAACUGCACACAGCGGUCACCGUGACUCGCAGUGCGGUCAACGAAGUCAAAGCGGAAAAUACGGUUAAUGUAACCGCGGUAAACGGGAACUCUACGCAAGGAAAUGUAAUUAAUGGCACAAUAGUUAAUCAUAAUGCAAAUGGAUACAGUAGAAAUACAAAUAACAGUUUGGACCAGACAAUAAGGCCAAGUGUGAAUGUAAGCCUGAGGAAAAGUGUUACCUCGGAUGGUCUUAAGAACUAUAGUAACUUGGAAAAACCAAACCUUCCUCCUCCACCACCUCCUCCCGUUUCUGCGUCCCCUACCCCGUCGCUGAAGAGUACGAGUAGCAGUGAAGUGGUGCAUCGGUUUGCCAUGAAAGAAGAAAGUAAACGUGACUCUAUGUCCUCGUCUUCCUAUGUUUCGUCAUCCUCGUCGUUCACGUCCUCGUUGGAGGAACUUCGACUUCAGGACGUCCCUAGAGAUCUCAGGUCAAGUGGUCGAAGCUUCGAUCGCAUGACGUUCGAAGAGGAAGAGGAGGAAGAAGAAUCGCAUGACGCAGUUAACCAAGAUGAGGAUAGCUCGAUCAAAGAUAACCAGAUUGACUUUGAUGAUAAUGGCAAUGAAGAAACAACGAGUGAUGAAACAACUGAAGCGUCAAAAUUGAUGGAAUCAAUAUGGGCAGAAGUUGCUAUGUUCUCUUGAUUUUUGUUUGUUACCAAGAAACAUUGUCCAAAUACGUUUGCGAACAUGACGAAAAGAUGAGACGGAUCAAACAUUUAUCAACAGUGAAACGAUCGGCAUCAUGCUGCUCUACAUGUAUCUUACUUCCAUCAUAAUCGUCUUCAUUUUGUAUGGGCUGGUGACUUUGUGGCAAGGAUCUUGGUCAUUUCUGGAUUCAAAAGUGAGCACUUCGGUCCUGGAAAGACACUUCGUUUCUCUGUCAUUAAAAAGGAAAAGAAUGCAUUGAAGACAAGGUGAUUCGAAAAGUGUAAGGUAUUGCCAUGGACAUCAGACUGUCCUCGAAGACCGGGGCAUUCUCAAUGUCAGAAUACCGGUCAGAGUCGAUGUUGUCUGGCCCCAUACAACAUGGGAGAAUAAAUUUCAUCUUUCGAAUUCUAAAUGUCGCACAACUAUUAUUGCUUCCACUAAUGACCAAGAAAUUAUGAUAUUUCAGCCAUUAGUACAACCAUUGACAGUGGUAUGCAUAUCAUUACUAGUAUCUUUAUUCUAUUUCUAUGGUCCAGUUCUGAAGAAAAAAUGGAUCCAAAUGAAAAUUCAAAGGCUGGACCUGAGGAGCAUUAGGUUGUCCGUGGUUUUCACUGACAGUUUUGCUCUGAGCCGAUCAGAUGGAAAAAUUUCCGUAGCUUAUUACCAAUAGUCAAACAGAAUCACAGUGUAUUUGUUUCGUGAAAUGCUCCCAGAAUAUACUUUCAAAUAUUUUGUUGUGUAUGGCACAGGCCGGUCUUUAUGAAUUUUGCUACAUGGAGAAGUAUAUCUUGUAUUUAUCUAGCUAUAGUGAAUCCUACAAAUAUAAAAGAUCUGAAACAUAGUGCACCAAAUGCGUUUGGUCGUGUUGUCAUGUUGCAUGUAUUGCUUACCAUAUCGAGGGUAAGAUCGUCAUUUUAUCCCACCCUUUAUUCAAGAUACAACUCAAUAUAUUCUAAAGGUGUUGAAUAUAUUGAAUGUUCAGUUUAUUUCAUUUUUUAUGACGUUAUUUCAUUGAAAUUUACUUUGGCUAGAGAAAAUUUCUUAUCAAUACCGAACAGUACAGUUUGAAUGACUAUUACCUAAAUGCAUUAAACUUAGAUUGUUAUUAUGAGAUGGUGUGAGCAAAUUGCUGUUUCUCUGGACUAGUGACUUGUUAACCUAUAUCAGUAACUUGUGAAGUCUUUUAAGUUUAUUUUUAGUCCGAUUUUCUCGAAAAAGCCUCAGGUGAUAUGUACUGUCCCGUCUAAACAAAAGGGCGUGGAUGUUCCCUUCGUACCCAGAAAUCAAUUGACUCAUUAACCAUUGAAAACUUUCCAACAAACUCAUUGCAGUCCAAUCUGGAGUACUUGAAUUUGCAGUGACGCAUGGCGAGUUUCGGUUGAAUGUUCGUACAGACUCGGAGAGGCGUCUCUAUUUUGGGAUUGAUGGGAUUAGCUGAGCCAUUAGUCGUCUAAUGUAGAACUUCCCAUGUCUCCUACAUUUCAAGUCAACUCAAGGGAUAUCUAAUCGCUGGCUCAUCGACGAGAUAUCUUCCUCCGCGUCCACGUGCAUGCUUUCCUGCAAUCGUCGAUUCAUUUCGCAAUGUUUCAUAGUGUUGUCCUGGUGUUGUUAUGAAUCAAGAAUGUUCAAUGCGAGAUUGCUCAUUUUCCAUCUGAACUGAAAAGAUGAAAAAUAAUCGCAUUAUUUUAAGAUUAGAUUGCGACUAUGAGCCUUAGAUUAUGGAGAAUUACUAAUAAGUCUGUGACAUAGUCUGAAAUCACAUCUUUGGAAUGAGACCAUUUCCCUAUUCUAUAUUUACGUUGAAGUGUCGUUUGCCUUUCUUUGUCCUCAUACUAAAAUCUCCAAUUAUUUUGACUAAUCUUAUGGAUGAGCUGUCAGAUUUGAACCGGUUGUCAGUGUUUAUCUAAUGCUAGCUCUGUUGUGUUGCAACGUUGUUAUUAGUGCAAUAGUCGGAAGGGGGGAAUGAAACAUUAGUGAGCCAUAAAUGAUACACUGUAAAAACUGUGGUGUUAAAACUGACACCAAUUGGUGUUAAUAGAGGACCACACCCUGAGGUGUUAAAAUUACACCCUAGAGA